GGUGUGGUGUUACUGUGGUGAGGCAAUGUUUGAUACGAUGGGAGUGGUCUACUGGCGGUGUAUGUUGCUCGGCAUGCACUUUAUUUGGUGUGACUGGCGUUACUGCUGUUCCUGCUACAUAGUACGUGCACUCUAACAUCUAUCACUUCUCGCCGUGCCGCAGCCGUGGCCGCAGCACCGCAGCAUAGCACAGCGCCACACAGGCUGGUGGCUGGCGAGGGCGAGGCGGUUUGAAGGUGGCGGGGCGCGGCGCCACCCGGGCCGGUCUGGCAGCACGGCCAGCCAGGCGAGAGUCUGAGGCGGCGCGGCGAAGGAUCGAGGCGGGCAGCGGUAGUGUUGGAACCUUUAAGGCGGCGGCUCAUGCCUGUUGUUUUGUCUGGCUUGAAGUGUUUGGAGGGAGUGUGAGUGUGGCGGAGUGUGUGUGUGGUGGAGUGUGGUGUAAACAUGGCGUCGGUCAGGUCGCUCACGGACGAGGAGCUUCGGGACAAGCUGAAGGAACACGGCAUCCUUAGUCCUGUCACGGCGUCCACGCGCAGCAUUCUGAUCAAGAAGCUGAACCACGCCAUGGCGGGCGCCAAGAGGGCGGCACACCAGCAGGCCAGGGCGCGGCGCAGCGUGACGAGUGUGACGGGCGGCGGCAGGCUACACACCUUCAGCUCUGACGAGGACGAGGACGAGACCGAGAACCACCUGCGCUCCUCCUCCACCAGGGCCACCAGGUCGUCCCGGGCCUCCAGGGUGUCCAGGGAUAGCGGUGCCAGCCAGGCCAGGCACUAUGACAGGCGGAAUGGCACCAGCGGCACCGCCAGGGGCACCAGGGCGUCACGGGGCAGCGGGGGGCGCGGCGAGAGUGUGGCGGCGGCGGGACAGCCUGGGGGUCGUGACGGCAACACAAGCACCACCACCACCACGGACUCCCGGGACUGCUACCGCCUGUACUUCUCGUCCGUAUCCGGCAGGUCAGGGCUCGGCCUGCAGGUCAGGUCAUCCGAGGACUACGACACGGGGUCAGACUCCGACCUAGCUGACCUGGCCGAGGACUCAGUGGACAGUGGCGGUGGGGGUGGGGACGGGGGAGGGGGUCGGGUGUUGUGGGCGGGGGGUGCAGAACUGCCCCAGCAGGCAGAGUCCAGCCCCGCCAGGCUACAGAAUCACAUGUCACCGGGCUGGACCAGGGCAGCCCGGCCUAAGGCUCACCUGGAGAACGGGCGUGAGUGGGCGGAGGGUGAGGCCCGGGGUGGCCCCAGCCUGGCGGAGUGUGUGGUAAGUCAGGCUGAGCCCAGCCGGGUAGCCAAUGGGCGGCACCACAGUGAGGGCGGGGCGGAGUGCCAGGCUGCUGAGGAAAGCACUUGGCACUACAAGGUGCCGCUGCUGCUGCUGGUGCUGCUGGCGGUGUUCUUUGGGGUGGUGGCAAUGCUGUACGUCAAUAUGCGCAUGCCACUGCUGCCCACCCUGCGUUCCGUGCCUGCCCUGGUGAGCCGCGCCCUGGCCAGCCUCAGCCUCCCCGUGCCUUUUUUCACCCCUCACACCGCCCAGUGGACGCCCCCCAACGCCUUGCCCCAGCCCGCCCUGCCACCGGCUGCCCCGCCACUGCCACCGGCUGCCCCGCCACUGCCACGCCGUCACACUUCAUCACAACACACAGAAAAUAAAUUUCCAGUAUGCAGCAGCACAUUAAAGAACAACUGCCUCACAGUACAAGCGAUGGCCCAGGUACAGCCCAUAUUGGGUCAGCUAGAGGAGGUGGUUCUGCCAGCCCUCCACCACCAGGCCGGGCUAUACCAGUGUGGGGACACCACUGCCCGUCACCUCUCUGUUGCUGCACUGCAAGAUCUCCUCCACCAUCACACUGUUUCCUCGAGAUCAUCGGGUGUGGGUGUGGAUGUGGUGGAGUCGCUGGGCCGCCUGGUGGAGUGGAACCCGCACUGGGGCCUGGAGGCGGUGCGAGGGGAGACGGAUGGGGUGCUGCUGGGCCUGGCCUUGUCUACGCAGCCCACUCAUAUCUUGUGUCACAUCACUACUGCCAUUUACUCCUUCUUCUACCUCAUUAUGGGAUUGGUAACAGUCUUCAUCACUGCCUGGCUUGCAUUCUCCUGCAUCAGAUACUACAGAUGGAAAGCAGAGGAGGAGAAACAACAGGUGUAUGAGUUGGUGGAGCAGAUCCUGGAGGUGUUGGGAGGCCUUGGGGGAGCGUCGGGGAAGGACUUUGUAGCAGUGAACCAUGUGCGGGACUCCCUCAUCAGCCCAAGGGACCGGCGCACCAAGCAGGCUCUGUGGGACCGUGCUGUGCUCUUCAUCAACUGUAAUGAGUCCAGGGUGCGGCGAGAGAUCCAGGCAGUGGGCGGCGAGGACUGUGAGGUGUGGCGGUGGGCGUCGGGGUUGCCACACCACCCACACAACUCUUCAGGGGUGGACGGGGGGGACGGAGUGGGUCGGCCGCCCCCUAAAGUGUGGCAGGGACCCGCCUUCAACACCCUCAGCCCACACAAUGUCCCCAAUGUGUCCCCAACGUCCUGCCUCAAGAUUAGAAACAUGUUUGACUGUGAUGUGGAGUUUGGGGACAGCUGGCCGGCACGAAUCCAGGAUAGCAUCUUGGAGAAGUGUGAGGGCAUCAGCAUCGUGCAUGUGGCGGUGGACCGAGGCUCACGUGAGGGCUGUGUCUACCUGAAGUGUGCCUCCCUCAGUGAUUCCGGCCGUGCCUUCAGGGCGCUGCAUGGCUGGUGGUAUGAUGGUAACUUGGUGACAGUCAAGUUUCUGCGAGACGAGCGCUAUUACCAGAGGUUCCCGUCAGCAAGACACGCCACACGCCGCCUCCGACCGUCCAACAACAAACGUUUGUCAUUGCAAGUCCCAGCAGGUCAGCCAGAGCCACCCAGCCAUACCUAAUGAACACACACACACACACACACACACACACACACACACACACACACACACACACACACACACACACAUACACACACACACACACACCAGAGUGAAGGACAGGCUGGCUGGUGUUGGUGUGAAGGGCAAACUUUUACUUAUCAUAGUUAUUAUUAUUAUUUUUUUUUUAAGUAUAUAUAUAUAUAGAGAGUAUUUUGUUUCUACUUCCUCUUUCCCUUUCUUUCCUUUCCCAUCCCCCUUCUUGCUGUAUUCCCCUUCCAUCAUACCUUCCCUUCCCUUCGACCUUCCCCUGUCCGCAGCUGCCCAUCACUGCCAGCUGUGUGGGGGUGAUGGGCACUGUCGCUACAUUCAGGAGUGCCAGACUGUGCCGGCGUCCACACUGCCUUGUCUUCCAUUCCGAUUUGCCGCGUUCUGACCGACGGAAGCAAGGCACUGGACGGAAGGCUUUUAUUAUCAUUAUUAUCAUUAUUUUUCCAUAUAUAUUACAAAUCCAUAUAUUUUUGUGUGCUGUUGUCACUGCUCGUCCAUUUUUGUCAGGUGGAGAAGGAAAUGCAGGAUGUGGGUGAGGUGUGGUGGUGAUGAGGUGGUGAUGAGGCCAGAACCGGUGAUGACAGGAUGUGUGGGGCCACUGGGAACAUGGAUACAGCGAUAGACUCACCACCAAGACACACACACACACACACACACACACACACACACACACACACACACACACACACACACACACACACACACACACACACACACACACACACACUAAACUAUUAUCAACAUGCAUUUGACUUCUCAUCUUUUUCUCUUCCUUAAUCUUCUCAUUUCCAAACUUCAGUGGUGUGUGUGUGCAUGUGUGUGUUUAGUGUGGUGAUGGGGGAAGAGAGGGAGAAGAAGAAGAGGAGGAGGAGGAGGAGGAGGAGGAAGAAGAAGAAGAAGAAGAAAUUAAAGCCUUGGAUAAUUGGAAAGAGACUGCAGUGUAUAAUUGCUCUGUAUAUAUUUGUAUGAUUUUAUUAUUAUUAUCAUGAUUAUUAUUAUUAUUAUUAUUAUUAUUAUUAUUAUUAUUAUUAUCAUUAUUAUUAUUAUUAUUAUUAUUAUCAUCAUCAUUAUUAUUGUUGUUGUUGUUGUUGAUGUUGUUGUUCUCAUCUGCAAGGACACUGCCAAGAAUAUUCCAAAUAUAGCCAUUAUAGAGAGAGAGAGAGAGAAUAUUUUGGGUGUGAAUUUACCCACGCCUGUGUUUUAUUAGUCAUACGGGAAGAGGUGAUAAUGUGGCUUACUUUCUACCCCCCCAACCCCUUCUGAGGCCAUAGAAGCAGUGGCAUGUUCCUAAUGAUAAGGUUUUCAUGUGGAUUUUGUACCAAGUUUUCCUCCGAGUCAUUAGGGAGGCGUCUGGUGGAGAGAGUAGCGAGAGGAACGGUUUAUUUGUAACACGGCAGCGUUUUAUUGAAGCGUUCGGUCAAAAGAGGUUGUUUCGCUUUGAGUUCUGAUGGUUGUUGUUUUUAAGGAACAGAAUUAUUGUCUUUCUCUUCGUUUUGUUUUCUUUUUUGAGGUGUUGCUGCUGCGGGUGGUGACUGGUGAGUGUGUGGGGGUGUCUGUCCAUUCCAUUCCUCAGUGCCCCUCUAGUACAUCCUCUGCUGGUCUCGGAAAGUACCUGCUUCAAACCCACUCGCUCUCCACUCUUCUAUUCUGUCACACACAUAAACACACAUCGUCUCACAAUAAUACCACUUCUCUUAGUCAUUUUUCUUCCUCUUCUCCCCCCAAUAAUUUCCCCAUAGAGUCUUACAGUGUAGUUUUGUUUCACGUUUUGAUCACACUACCCAACCAGCCACUCACUGCUACCCAAUACUAGUAAUAAUCAUUUAACUAAGCACCAGAAACCCAAUGUUGUACAAAAAAGUCCCAACAAGGAGGAUUAGCAAGUUGUUUGGUUCGGCAGAGGAGUUACAGGACCGUGAGGAGUGUGUCUGCUGCUUUACUGUGAUGCCAGGUUAGCAAGAGAGAGAGAAAGGUGUUACUGAUUCCCAGCAGCAGAGUUGCAGAGUUGUACCAAGUGCCCAGGCCAGGUUGUUUUCGUGUGUGUGUUUACGACAACAUGCACACGCCUGGUUCGCUGAGAGUCAUAGGGCAGCCUUGUGGUGGAGCAAUGUAUGUAUGUAUGUAUGUACUUAUUUCAACACUGAUUUUCCAUUGUUGUCGUCAUAACCUCGGCAUCCGUCACUGUCGCCUGCCACCGUCAUCGCCUCACAGUCAGUCGCCGCGUUGUCAUCAAAAAGGUUCAUCGUCAUUGUCGCCGUCAUCGUCGUUCUCACAAAAAAAGAGUGAGGGUGCUAGUGUGGAUGGGGGUGUGUGCAUGAAGGCACACACUUGCCACACACCCAUAGUCUUGACUCGCUCUGUUUCUUAUCAUCGCACCAUCGUCGUCAUUAUCAACACCGCCAUUGUCAUCGUCAUUGAAAUCAUGCGUGUGUGUAAGGUGUGGUUGAGUUAUGUGGUGUUGGUGGUGGUGGUGUUGAGUGUGGCAGUCAGUAUUGUAGGAAACUUACUUGACUGGAAGUUGGCAGGCAGGGUCGGCCUCCACCAUGGGAUUAACAAUUGUAUACCGAAGAUAAGUAAGUGGCUGCAGCUUUGACAGCCGUGUGUGCAGUGUGUGUGUGUGUGUGUGUGUGUGUGUGUGUGUUUCAUGAAGCAUCAGAGUGGUCAUGUCACUAUUCCAGAGAUAUUUUUUAUCCUUGAUGUCUUAGAGAAGAGCCAUGUACAGUAUACACUUUGUUUUAGUCAUUGUUGGUGCAAAUUGCGAGCCAAAUGGCGUGUGUGGCUGGCCAGGAUGCAGCCCAGAUCUCGGUGGUUGAGGGAGGCACUGGUGGGCUGUACUCUUUAAGUCUUUACUUGUAAGAAACUAAAAUGUUAUGUUGAAUGAGGACUUCCAUUGUAGGACUUGUUUCAUGCCAUUUAAUUCAUCUUUAGGGAGUGUAGUGCACAACUUACAGGCAAGAGUUGUGUCACAACAGACCUUGUUUGUGCGAGGUGCAGCAGCAGCAGCAGCAGCAGGUUUUCAGGGCCAGACUACAAACGACACACACCGGGAUCUUUGAGAUAAUUUUACGUUUGAUCUCUUGAAGCCUUAUGUAAGUUAAUAGGUGAUAAAUAAUUUUAUUGCUUUGUUUAAUGGGGAUUUAGAAGCCUUCCUCUGAGAGACUAUCUAGAUCACUUCAAGGAUUCAGUGACGGAUGAAAGGGUUCACCCGUGUCUGUGGCGGCCACAGAACGCCAUUAGCGUGUGCCAUUGUGUGAUGCCGGCCGUGAGCAGUGGGUGUUGUGGUGUAUGGCCAGGGCUUAGUGUGUGUGUGUGUGUGUGUGUGUGUGUGUGAGAGAGGUGCAGCACUGGACAGCGUGGUCACCUGGUGCCAUGGUGCCAUGGUGCCAUGGUGCAGGGUGGGACAGGGACAGGCCAGCCGGGAAUGGUUUGCAUCGGCUCUUGAUACAUUACGGGUACUGGGCCAACGUGUUGACCCGCAGGCAUACAAAAAAUCAAAUGCAAGGAGCACAGACAGACCCAGGGUAGUUGAAAUGUCACAGGGAUGUCAGUUGUGUGCCUAUACCUGUCAUUGUCCAGGAGGUGCAGGUGUGGUGUGUUGAGGGAAGAGUGCAGGUUUGUAGCAGUGUUGUGUGAUAACAAGGGAGGUCGUUACGCCAGUCGUCCCGAGGUGGUUGUAAUCGCUCCGCCGUCGUCCUCGCCUGCCGUCUGACGCGUCCCGAGAGUCACGUGUUGCUCGUCCGUGGUGGUGUGUGCCCUGCUGAGGUGCAGGUCAGCCAGCACCGGUGACCCUCCCAUGGCCAUGUUGUGAGCAUCUUGUCGGUGAGAUUCACAUGAGAAGCAAGCCAGUAGAGUACUAUUAUAUCAUAUAUGAAUAGUGAAAGCCUUGUAUACAUAUUGAUACACAUGUGUGUCCUGGCUGGUUCUGGUGAACACACUGACAGGGGAAGGAGGAGGUGUCCGUGGUGCAGGUUGGCCUGGGAUGAGUGGUGACUGUCCGUGAUCCAUUGACAGAGGCUAGGAAAGAGAGAAGGAUUGGGGAAGCAUCUCCAGUUUUUCAGUUUUUACUAGUGUGUGUGUUGUGGUGAGUUAGUGAGUGGUGUGCACCGAAGAGACUGGCUGACCCUGCCACAGUGUUGAUGCCUUGGCUGACGAGUGAGAGAGAGAUUACCAGAGUACCGUGUGUCGUGGGAACACUUAUGGGCCUCCGGGAAUAAUAUCACGGCCAGGGACGGCGCGGCUCUUUUCCUCUUUUUAUUGGUAAACCACGUCAUAUUUUGUGUGAGAGUGAUCCUCCCCACCUCCGGCUAUAUCUGCAAUAGAGUUUGUUUGUCAACCCUCCACACCACCGGUCCACCGGUCCACCGGCUGUCGUCCCUCCCUGCCGUGCUGUUAUUUCUGGAGUGGUUGCAUAAUUUCCUCUGAUCUCAGGAGGAAGAUGAAAAGAACCCAAACUUUUCAUAUCUUAGAAUUUUAGGGACAAAUGAUAUUCAGAGAAUUUAAUACUAUUUUGCUUGGCCAGAAGUGACUGCUUAUGUGUUCAUAUAUGUUGUACUGGGAGAGAGAAGGACCUUAGCACAUGUAACUAUAAGGUCUGGAUUCACUUGUCACAAGACUAGCCUUCCGUAGCUCUCCACAAUAUCUGUGCUUUCAAUAAACAAAUUUUAUGUUCAUGAGAAUA